ACCGCGAGGGAGGGUAGAAAGGCGAGGAGGUUUUCGCGGCCUGCGGUGUGGUUCUAUUCGGAAACAGUAGUUAUCGCUUCAUUCUGAACCGACGGAUGUUUUACACGGACCUAAAUUCAAUUUGAAGCGGCGGGUGCUCUAAACGGUGCAUGAAGCUCUUGAAUAAAGCUCUUGAAAAGCCUCACCGGACUGAAGGGAAGUCAGAAAGAAGACCAGGAAGAGAACAGGAAAUAGCUUUUAGCAAGUGGAGAUGGCCUACUCUAACUACAGCACACUGAACAGGGCUCAGCUCACCUUCGAGUAUCUGCACACCAACUCGACAACCCAUGAGUUCCUGUUUGGAGCUCUGGCUGAGCUGGUGGACAACUCCAGGGAUGCCAAUGCCACCCGGAUUGACAUCUACACAGAGAAGAAACAAGACUUGCGUGGAGGCUACAUGCUAUGUUUCUUAGACGACGGCACAGGAAUGGACCCCAACGAGGCGACCCAUGUGAUCCAAUUUGGGAAGUCCAGUAAGCGUACACCAGAUUCCACUCACAUUGGCCAGUACGGGAACGGACUCAAAUCGGGUUCCAUGCGUAUUGGGAAAGAUUUUAUUCUGUUUACCAAGAAGGACAACACACUGUCCUGCCUGUUCCUGUCUAGAACAUUCCAUGAGGAGGAGGGGCUUGACGAGGUGAUCGUACCCCUGCCCACCUGGGAACUGCUGACCAGACAGCCAAUCACAGGCGACCCUGAGAAGUUCGCCAUAGAGACGGAGCUCAUCUACAAAUACUCUCCUUUUAAAAACGAACAGCAGCUGAUGGAACAGUUCAACAAGAUAGAGGGCAGCAGCGGUACUCUGGUGAUCAUCUAUAACCUGAAGUUGAUGGACACCAGAGAGCCAGAGCUGGAUGUGGAGACAGACCACCAGGAUAUCCUGAUGGCUGGAACCCCCUCAGAGGGAGUGAAGCCAGAGCGUCGGUCGUUCCGAGCGUAUGCUGCUGUCCUCUACAUCGACCCCAGGAUGAGGAUCUUCAUACAGGGACACAAAGUCAGGACCAAGAGACUGUCCUGCUGCCUCUACAAACCCAGGGUAUAUAAAUACACAUCGACUCGAUUCAAAACCCGUGCUGAGCAGGAAGUAAAAAAGGCUGAUCACCUCGCUAAAAUAGCGGAGGAGAAGGCUCGUGAGGCGGAGAGCAAAAGUCUGUCUCUGGAGGCCAAACUGGGAGACGACCUGUCCAAAGAGUCACGGGUCAUGUUGCGUAAGGCUCAGGAGGGGGCCAUGAUGCUUCGACGGGAGGCCGAAGUGAAAAAGAUGAUUCAGGAGUCCAAACAGAAAGCAUUGAAGGAGCCUAAGGAACUGAGUUUUAUCUUCGGGGUGAACAUUGAGCAGAGAGACCUGGAUGGGAUGUUUGUGUAUAACUGCUCUCGCCUCAUCAAGAUGUACGAAAAGACUGGACCUCAGCUGGAGGGAGGAAUGGCGUGUGGGGGUGUUGUGGGGGUAGUAGAUGUCCCAUACCUGGUUCUGGAGCCCACUCACAACAAGCAGGACUUUGCGGACGCUAAAGAAUACAGACACCUUCUGAGAGCCAUGGGAGAACACCUAGCCCAGUACUGGAAGGACAGCAACAUAGCUCAGAAGGGCAUAGUGAAGUUCUGGGAUGAGUUUGGGUACCUGUCUGCCAGCUGGUCCUCGCUCCCCUCGCCAGAGCAGAGGUACAAGAGACGCCGCGCCAUGGAGAUACCCCUCACCAUACAAUGUGAUAAGUGUCUGAAGUGGAGGACUCUGCCAUUCCAGAUGGAUGCGGUGGAUAAACGUUACCCGGACAGCUGGGUGUGUCUGAUGAACCCUGACAGCACUCAGGACAGGUGUGACGCGGCGGAGCAAAAACAGAACCUUCCGUGUGGGGUUCUGAAGAAGGACAGGCAGACGGCCGAGGACAAACAGAAAGAACUGACAGAGAAGAUUAAACAGCAGCAGGAGAAACUAGAGGCUCUGCAGAAAACCAGCACCAUCAAAUCAGCUGCAGAUGUGAAGAAGUUGCCUCUGGAUGUCAGCAUGAGACCCAUAAAUGAGAGUUCCUCCCAGGGAACCAGGUCGUCAGAGCGUGUGUCACGCCCUCGCUCCCCCCCUCUCCCAGCCCUCCUCAAGAACGCCCCCAGCCAGCCCCCAACCCUCAACCGCAAACCCACAUAUUCCCCUCGACCGACCACCCGGCCUGCUGCCCCAAUGCUCAGAAAGAUAAGGGUCUGUUGGUGGAGGUGCGUGUGAAUAAGGAAUGGUUCACAGGCAAAGUUGUUGCUGUGGAAACCAGUAAGCAGAGCGUUCGCUGGAAGGUGAAGUUUGACUACGUCCCCAGAUCCACCCCCAAGGACCGAUGGGUUUUCAAAGGCAGUGAGGAGGUGAGGUUGAUGCGACCGCCCUCUCCCCUCUCCCAGACCCCUGACACACAGCAAGGGGAGGGGACUGAGAAAGGCCCCCCCCCCAUGGAACCUGACACCACCCAACCAGGAACCAGUCGAGAGGUGACUGACAACCUGGUCACCAUGAUGAGGACAGUGCUGCGUUAUUUCUUCCCUCCUGAUUUCCGGAUCCCGAAGGAAGAUGUCAACAGCAUGACUGCAGAGGAGCUAGUGUCCUUCCCAAUGAAAGAGUAUUUCCAGCAGUAUGAGCUGGGUCUCCAGUCUUUGUGUAACUCGUACCAGAGCAGAGCUGAUGCCAGAGCCAAAGCUGUGGAGGAGAAGAGUAGCAGCGCUGAGACCAAACUCAGGGAGGCAGACGAAAAGCUACAGAAACUACGAACCAACAUUGUACAACUGCUGCAGAAAGUACAGGAGGACAUUGACAUAAACACAGACGAUGAACUGGAUGCCUACAUAGAAGACCUGCUGACCAAGGGGGACUAGAGAGGAGACACAGAGAGUAUGUCUCUCCACCCGGUGCCUGACUCAGACAGCACUGCCCCAUCUGAUUCUCAGAACUCUGGUCCGUCCGGCCUUCCCAACGUGUACUGUAGCUCUGUAGCUCCUCUACAGACGCCCUUUACCCAUAACCCCCUCCAUGGGGCCUGCUCGCCCCGCUCUACACAGUCUACUCCGUCUUCUGUUAGAUCUGCAGAUGGAGGAGAGGCAGCUGUUGCCUGAACUGGUGCUGUUGCUGUUUUGGUCCCUGAGUUUGUUUUUAUAAAACUGCAGUAUAUGUUUUUCUCUUUCUCUUUCUGUUCCUAUUUAGUAAGCAUUAGCAUGUUCUCAUAAUGGACGUGUAUUUUUAUUUAGUCCUUUUAUAUAUCAACAAUGUAUGUUAUAUACAAGAUAUGUUAAGCUACUGUAGGUUAAGCCAACCAGUCCUGAUUGACUGUAGAACUGAACUGUCAUCAAUCUGUAGGUGGUAAUCAGAUUCUGUGCACACACACACACACACGCCAGUCUGAGUAGGGCACCAAGCAUCCCCGAUCAAAGUUCCUGUGAUGUAGAUGACAGGCGUUUCUGUGAUUUCAGAAGAGGGUCUGAUGGUGAACUAAACCAUGGAGCAGUGAAGAUUCAUAUGUAUUCUCCAUAUUGAUCUGUGAUCAGGUGGAGAGAAAUUAAAUGAAUCAUAAACCAAUAAUUGGAUAACGUCCUGACCUCUAAUCCUGACCCACAACCCCUUUAUUACCACCAGUCAGUCAGAUGCAAAUCCAGUUCCAUUGAAUCCCAUAUUUGAUGUUAGCUGCCAUCACUCUGGUCUAGCUUUUUAAAGCAUGUUAAAGCAUUAAGUUUCAUCCAUUAUCCCAGUGUUGAUAAAUCAAAUCAGUGUUUCCUAGUGGCUUUCAACCUCCUCUCUCCCCACCCUAUCCUCCUC